GGGCUGCAGUCUCACUAAGAUAACACGAGAUGGCGACAUUCGCACAGGAAAAAAUUGAGAUGGAGAGGUGUAGUGUUGGGGGAUGUCUAUAGGUGUUUUUUAGAGAGGAGGGGUGGACUUAAUGUUAGUGUAUUUAAGGUGGGGCUAUUGAUUGUUUUUUGAGAAGACACGCCAGCAGAUGAGCUCUGAACGGAGAAGUUGGAGAGCGUCCAAAGUUAGAGAGCGUCAAAAAGUUGUUUCGAGAUGUUUAAAGGUAAGCCAUGUUAUUAAUGAUACUGUUAUAAUAAUAAUAAUAAUAAUACACUGAGGUUAUCAUAUAAACAUGAUGUAAUGUGUAUGUAAUGUCAUGCAGAUAUAACUGUGUUUGCUGACGUGCACGCAGUAUUUGACGACGACUUUAGCGGAGUUUAUUUAACACAAUCAGACUACGAUCUCGUGGCGGCUGCUACUAGGCUAAAAAAUCCACUGAUACAGACUGGUUUGGAGGCAGAACCAUCAGAGCAGCGUGAUUUCAGUCAAAUCAUACCCCCUUCCGGCCGACAGGAGGUUGUCACGAGCUCUACACGUCAUUUUGAAGCAACGAAAACAGCAGAGUUAUCAGAGCUACGUGAUAGCAGUCAAAUCACACACCCCUCCGGCCAGCAGACGGCUGUCACGAGCAUAGAGACGGAAGAGGGAGCAUCCACAGACAUAGAAUUGGCGCACGCUUUAUCUGCUUACGAAGACCUUCCUCAAGAAUCAAUAAAAAAAUUAAGCGUUGUGGAACGGGACUGCUUCAAAGAGCGAGAAAGAGCAGACGCGCAGCCUUCUACUCAACUACUAAGGAGCCUGAAUCGACAAACGAGAGCUAUCACCAUAAGACAAGGCGUGCUAUAAAGUGCAGUGGUAACUGUGUUUACAAAAAACGGCUACAAGAAUGUUUUAAGGUAAUACGUAUUUUGACAGAUUUAGCUCAAUCAAGAUAGGUCUGAUUUUUUUUGUGUUGUUUAUAUUGUAAUUUCUAUCAAAAAGAAAAUACAAUGGAUCAGGCUAACCUUACGUCAGCAGAGUCGGAUUUCUUAACAAACAUUGACGAAUUAGAUUUACAGCUACUUUGUGAUACACCUGAGCUAGAUUUGUCAAACAUUAACAAUGAUUUGCCGUCAACCACUGCUUCUACAAGCCAAAUACCAGAUUUGGUCAACAUUGUAAACAAUGCCAUGCAGGAAGGGAGAGACACAGACAGUCCUGAUAUUCAGGCCCACUUACAAGCUGUCGUAAACGAGCUAAACAGUCAAAACCGGAAUGAUGGUAGCCAAAGUCCUACACUAAUACCGUCACAACUGCUAAACAUGAUAGCAGAAUUAAACAACCAAGCUAACGGUAACAGUGGGCGCAACAGUCCAGAUAUUCCUGCUCAACUGUUACACAUGAUCCAAAAUCUAAAUACGCAGCCUCUGAUUGACCGAAUGACCGUUAACCCUGUAGAUCAUGAGAUAGAUGCUUCUGUAAUAACUGGUAACAUGCCACCAUCAUUUCAGCCUAACAACUGCUCUGUUAUAAUCGAUCACGAAAUAGAUGUUAUUGACAACAACGCACCAGCGUUUCAAGACAUAGCCCACCAAUCUAACAACAACAAUGCUUCUGUAAUAACUAAUCAGCGCGGCGGCUCUGUUGUAGUAAAUAGACCGCAUUUCAAUAAUAUUGAGAUAAGGCGGCAUUUGAAUAUACCAUCACAAGCAAACAGCAAUGAUUUUGCAACCUUUUACCUACAGAUUGAGGAUAGAAUAGAUGAAGUCUUGCGAGAGGUUGAUAUGCAAACACAGAGAGGUGACGUGAUUCAAAUCGAGUUAGUAGCUGGAAAUGAUAGGGCUCACGUUUAUUCGCAAAAAAGCGACAUAAACACUAUACGUGAUAAUGUAUCAGAUCUGCUUGAACGUCUAGCUCAAUCAAAUGUAGAGCUUCUAGCUGAUGAGAAUUUAGAGCUUAUUGUCGAAAUAGUCAAACCGAUCCGUGGUGGAAUGCGUCGUCGACUGAUGAACACUACCAACAAAGAGAUUUUGACGCGUAAAAAACGACAUCUGUACAUACCUCGUAAUAAGGACAACAAUCUAUGCUUUGCUCUUUCACUAACCUAUCUGCUAAAUGACACGCUAACAUCAAAACAAGCCGUAAGACAAGCCAGACUUUUGCAUCAGAGUGUGGGUUUAGAUUGUCAAACACCUGUGAGUUUGGGGGAUGUACAUAAAUUUGAAAAAGUUCUCAGACGGAAAAUAACUGUCAUGUAUCGAAAAGAAGACAGCCGCCCCAUGACUUUCUUCGACACACAUUACCCUAAAACAGACGAAGACACUUUAUUUGUUUUGCACCUCGAGAAUCAUUACUACGGUGUGAAAACGAUAGAGGCAUUCAUGGGGUAUGCAUAUUUUUGCAGAUAUUGUUACAGAGGGCAUGAAAAUUGGCAACGCCAUCAAUGUGAGGGACACUGUAACAUUUGUCUCGAUCCUCGUUGUAAACAACGACGAUUUAAACAUGUUAUCUGCCCUGAUUGUAACAAAUCUUGUCGUAAUGAAGAAUGCUUUGCCAAACAUAAAGAGUUCCGAGCGACGAAUCGUGUGAGUAACUGCACCACAUACAAAAAGUGCUUGCAAUGCGGGCUCCAAUAUUAUGUGAAAGCUGAUGGUACCGGUGCUAAACAUCGCUGCCCCGUGAAAAGAUGCGCCGUGUGUAGUGAGAUCUUAGACCAAAAUGACAAUGUCUUACUAAACCCUCACCUGUGUUACAUGCAGCCCAUCAAGCCUCAACCGCCUUGCAAAAAUGUAGUCUACUAUGAUUUUGAAACUUAUGUAGAUGCAGAUGGUUUACACAACCCCUUUCUUAUCUGUUGUAAAUCAAAUAGACUGACGAAACAGUGGUUUGGGACAGACUGUGUUGACAAAUUCCUCACAUUUUUUCGAAACCCCCGGUUUAAACAAACGACAUUUGUUGCACAUAACGCGAGAGGUUUUGAUUCCUACAUCUUGAUAAAGAGAAUGCUUGAAUUAGGUAUCAAACUUGACAUUCUGAUGCAAGGGAGUAAGGUUCUAUCAUUCGUCGAUUUAGACACAAAAUCUCGUUAUAUCGACUCAUUGUCAUUCUUAACGAUGCCGCUAAGUGCGAUGCCUAAGGCCCUGGGGCUUGAAGACAAAUCAAAGGGUUGUUUCCCACAUAAAUUUAGCUCUUUAGAACAUUUGAACUACGUAGGAUGUCACCCUGAGCCUACAUACUACAAUGUCGAACAAAUGUCACCCUCGCAACGUGCAAAGUUUGAUGAAUGGUAUGUCAAACAAGCUAACGAUGUGUUUGAUUUUGCGAAACAGGCGCUAACCUACUGUGAGAAUGAUGUUGAUUUGCUAAUGCAAGGAUGUGAGAAAUUCAGGAGCGAGUAUUUUGAGGCUACAAGAACAAGUCAAGUCAAGUCAAGUCAAGUUUAUUUGUAUAGCCCUAAAUCACAAGCAGUCUCAAAGGGCUUCACAUAGACAGAAAUUGACAAUUAUUCUCAAAGCAUCCCCUGAUCUUAAGCUCCCAAAAGGGCAAGGAAAAACUUAAAAACCCCUAGCAGGGGGAAAAUGAGAAACCUUGAGAAGGGACCACAGAUGGAAGGAUCCCCCUUUCAGGAUCACCAGGUUGAAAUGGAUGCAGAGAGGGCACAAAUGAUACAACAUGAAAAUCAAUUAAAUAAAAAGUGGAUGUCCAUGUCACAGCAGAGGGCUGCCGAAAGGAGCCCUCAAUUGUCCUGGCAGUGCUCUUCGAGGAGGUUGAGCUGCAGUUCCCCUAUCCUGAAUUGGCCACGAGAAUCCAGAUAGCCGCUGUCAGCAUGGGUACCACCUAACCACCUCCCCGGCCGGGGAGGGGGGAGGGAGGGGGUGGAGAGGGAGAGAAAACAAACUCCAGCCGAAUCGGCCACUACAGGUUAGUUAAAGGCCAUGUCAUAGAAAUGUGUCUUUAAACGUGUCUUAAAUGUUUCUACUGAGGUAGCAGUCCUAAUAUCCAUUGGUAGGGCAUUCCAAAGCUCUGGAGCCCGAAUAGAAAAUGCUCUAGAGCCUGCAGACAUUUUCUUAGCCCUCGGUGUCGCUAAAAGGGUAGCGUUUUGCGAACGAAGGUUACGAGACGGAACAUAAGGAACAACUAGGUCGACGAGAUAUGAAGGCGCUAAGCCAUGCAGCGAUUUAUAGGUUAAUAGAAGAACCUUGAAGUCACAUCUUAAAUGGACCGGAAGCCAAUGUAAGUUGGCUAGUAUUGGGGUAAUGUGAUCAAAUUUUCUUGUCCGAGAGAGCAGCCUUGCAGCGGCAUUUUGUACUAACUGUAGACUUUUGAUGCGGGACUUAGGAAGACCCGAAAAUAGUACAUUACAGUAGUCCAGGCGCGACGUGACGAACGCAUGUAUAAUAGUUUCCGCAUCACCGGUCGAGAGGAUCGGACGAAUCUUUGCAAUAU